AUGCUUUGGAAUAACGUCAUAGAAAUUUUUCAAAUAACCACCGCAAUAUUCUCAUGUCUUCUGAAUAUUCUUCUAACAUUUCUAAUCCUCAAAAAAUCCCCAAAACAACUUGGAGCAUAUAAAUAUUUGAUGCUCUACAUUUCCUGGUUCGAAAUCGCUUAUUCAAUUCUGGAUGUAAUCGUUUCACCGAUCAUUUAUUCAAAAGGCGCAUUUUAUAUGAUUAUUGUGGUUACCAAGGAUUCAAAGUUAUUUUCCAAGCACGCUCUAUUGAUAAUUGAAUGUAUUUGGACAGGUUUCUUUGGAACAUCAAUGGGUAUUUUUGCAUUACAGUUUUUAUAUCGAUUUAUUGUGGCAACUCGAUCAGAUCAUCUGAUGUUAUUCAAAAAUUAUCGAAUAUUUUUAUGGAUGCUGAUUCCUGUUUUCUUUGGUGCAAUGUGGGGAGGAGCUAGUUACACCCUGGUUUCACCUAAUCCAAAAAUCGAGGCUGCAAUGAAUAACUCACUUUUAGAAGUGUUCAACUUAAAGAUUGAAGAUAUCACAUAUCUCGGCCCGUAUUUUUCAAAUGACAAUGUGAUUUUCUACAAAUCCGUGAUAUGUGUAACAUUUCUAUGGAUGAUUCUUGUCACAUCUUUCAUUUUAACAAUACAUUUUGCAUUCAAAUGUUAUUUGGCAUUGAAAACGAAUAUGAAAAAAUCAUCUCGCGGUUUUGGAAAUCUUGAAAAUCAGAUUUUCCACGGAUUGGUUGCUCAAUCUAUGAUUCCAGUUAUUUUGAUGUAUAUCCCAGCUUCUUUAUUAUUCCUUUUCACAUUUCUCAAAUUCGAUAUUGGAAAAUACGGGAGCAUUGUUAAUCUAACAAUUGCACUGUUUCCUGCUCUAGACCCUCUUCCAACUAUUUUCAUCAUCAAGAAUUAUCGAUUAGCACUUUUUGGUUUUAUGAAAACUUCGAAAACGAAUUCUAGCACGGUGGGAAAAUAA